AGCAGACCUGCAGGCUCCCAGCGUCCCCCGGGUACAGAGCCUGCCAUAUGUGCCACAUGGGCUCGUACAGGUAGAAGACAUCGGGGUGCUGGUUGAACAACUCCCCCAGGAACGAGGAUCCGGUCCUCCAGGUGGCAUGAAGCUCUAUAGCUUGCAGCAUCGCCAGGACUGACAGACAGCUACUUCUACUACAGCUACAUGCUAACGUGAAGCUAACUGCUGUCAACAACAUGGCGCACUGGACCGCCUUCGAGAAAGAGACAGAGAGGGAAACCAAGAGACUGAUAGGAUGUCUCUCCGGGGUGGAGGAUGAGGAGGACCAGAACUUUCAGCUGGCUCUCAAAUUUGCCUGGUCCAACUUCAGGUUCCAUCGUUUCCUGGACGUGGACAGCCACAAGGUCCAGCGCAGUAUUAAUGGAAUCUAUGAGAAGCUGAUGGUGCAGUCAGACGUGAGUAAAGCAGAGAGCUGGAUGAGUCUGACUGAAGAGUUCCUGAACUCCCCGUUACCUAACACAGAUGGAGCAAAGACGGAUGCACACUACAGUCUCGUGUCCCUGCUGCUCUUCCUGUCGGAUUCUCCCUCUAACACAAACUUUACUGAGAGACCCAGGAUAAAGGAGGCCGAAGCAAAAGACAACUUUGACUGGGCUAGAUAUCUGAUGGAGGGAGAGGACAUAGACGAUGGACCUUACCCUGACACCCCUGAGUGGUCUGAGGAGAGCGAGGACGAAGACAGCCAGCAGCCAAUCAGCAGAGAGGAUUCUGGGAUCCAGCUGGACCGGACGCCGCAGGACGACCAGGACAACAACAACAAGACGGUUCCUGUCACGUGGACAGUGGGGGAGCCGGGGGCGCGGGCCUGGCUGGAGCAGAACGUGGUGACUCCGUACUGGGUCGCUCACGCUCCUCGAUUUCCUCACAGCCUCCAUCUACACUCCAACCUGCUCAACGUGUGGGACCAGCACCUGUACAACACUGAUCCAUUGUAUCUGCCCGAAGAAAAGGCCUUUGUGACGGAGACCCAAGUAAUCCGGGAGACGCUGUGGCUUCUCUCCGGGGUCAAGAAGCACUUUAUAUUCCAACACCAUGACGGGAAAGUGAUCGUGAGGAACAACGUGGUGGUGACUCACCUGACCAGUAACUGCCUGCGCUCGGUGCUGGAACACAUCGCCGUGUACGGCCAGGCGGUGUUCCGGCUGCAGAGGUUCAUCGACGAGGUGACGGGCUACAGCUCCGAGCCCUGCCCCCCCAGCUCCGGCUCCUCCCACGGCGGCACCAAGAAGGCCUCGGAGCCGCCCUUCAGGACCUACCAGGCCUUCGUGUGGGCGCUCAACAAGUACUUCACCAGCUUCAAAGAGGAGCUGACCACCAUCGAGAGGGAGAUCAUCUGCAACGACGAGACGGUGACCCUGUCUGCGGUUCUGGAGCGGCUCCACCCUCACCUGGUUCAGAUCAAAGUCCUGCACAAAGUCUUCUGCACUGGGGUCGCCGAGGUCCCCCACGAGACCCCCAACGUGGUGCGAGCCUCCCACCUGCUCAACAUCCUGUACAAAGCCAUCAUCGAGUACGACAGCGUGGGCGAGGCGUCGGAGCAGGCCGUGGCCUUGUUGUUCUCUCUGUGGACGGAGACGGUCAGACCGUACCUGGAGAUCGUGGAUGAAUGGAUCUUCUACGGACAUUUGUUCGACCCCGCUAAAGAGUUCAUCAUUCAGAGGAACAAGGACGUGCCGGUGAACCACAGGGACUUCUGGUACGCCACCUACACGCUGUACAGUGUGUCGGAGACGGUGGACAGCGAGGAGAAGCUGAGUGACGCGGCCAGCGGCAGCUCGGGAGGCGACCCGGGCUCCGGCAGCAAGCAGCUCACGAUGGUGUCCUUCCUCAAACCCGUCCUCAAGCAGAUCAUCAUGGCCGGGAAGUCCAUGCAGCUGCUCAAAAACCUGGACCGCAAGGACAGGGAGCCGGCGGAGAAGUCCUGCAGAGACGCGGAGAGGAAGAGUUUGUAUGCUCUGUUCCUGGAGUCGGUGCAGUCCCGGCUCUGCAGUCAGGAGGAUUCUCCUGCAGAGGGCGUCACGGAGCAGCAGGCCACCAGGAGGAGCCUGAUCCGGAUGCAGUCCAUCAUCAAGCAGCACCUGCAGAUAGAGGACGUGCACGACCCCCUGCUGGCCAUCAACUUCGCCAGAUUGUACCUGGAGCAGAGCGACUUCCACGAGCGCUUUUCCGGAGGCGACUUCAUCGUAGACCGCUCGUCUCAGGCCGUCACCUGCCAGACGUUCGAGCUGACGCUGCGCUCCUGCCUCUACCCGCACAUCCAGAGGAGGUACAUCGAGUGCUGCGGGAACCUCAUGCAGACCCUGAAGAAGGACUACAGGCUGCUGGAAUACCUGCAGGCGAUGAGGAACUACUUCCUGCUGGAGGCCGGAGACACCAUGUACGACUUCUACACCUCCAUCUUUGAGAAGGUGCAGGAGAAGGAGAGCUGGCAGCAGCUGUCCUUCCUCAACGUGCAGCUGCAGGAGGCGGUGGGACAGCGCUACCCGGAGGACAGCAGCAGGUUGUCCAUCUUCUUGGAGAACAUCGACCCCGCCAGGAAGAAGCAUCCAGUGAAUAAUCUGGAAGUGUUAACCCUGAGUUACAAGGUUCCCUGGCCGGUGGACAUCGUGAUCAGCUCUGAGUGUCAGAAGAUUUACAACCAAGUGUUCCUGCUGCUGCUGCAGAUCAAAUGGGCCAAAUACAGCCUGGACACACUGCGCUUCAGCGAUUUCACAGACGUCACGAAGAAGCAGGAGGGCGCGGCGUGUGAGGAGGUGAAGGUCAAAGACUCCAUAAACCAGCAGAUCCACAGGAUGUGUCUCCUGAGGGUCAAACUCAUGCACUUUGUCAACAGCCUGCACAACUACAUCAUGACCCGGAUUCUGCACAGCACGGGUCUGGAGUAGCACCAGGUCCAGGAGGCGAAGGAUCUGGAUCAGCUGAUCAAGAUCCACUACAGAUAUCUGGCUACGAUCCACGACCGCUGCCUCCUCAGGGAGAAGGUGAGUUUUGUGAAGGAGGCGAUUAUGAAAGUCCUCAAUCUGGUCCUCAUCUUCUCCGACCGAUGGCAAGCCGGCUUCGGAGCCUGGAAGAUCGAGUCCAUCGAUAAAAUGGAGUCAGAUUUCAAAAACUGUCACAUGUUCCUCGUGACGAUUCUCAACAAGGCCGUCUGUCGAGGCUCCUUUCCUCACUUGGAGUCCCUCGCCCUGUCUCUGAUGGCCGGGUUCGAGCAGUGCUGAGGAAUCCUCGCCCGCUCUGAAGUUUGAUUCAUGCUUCUCUUUCGCCGUCAUUGUUCACGAUGCAACACCAAAAAACACCCGCUGCGAUCUGCUGGAGACGGACUCUGUGACGUUUGAAUAAGCUGCCUGUGGACGUGCUUCAGCUUCUGUAUUUAAAUAAUGUUUUGUAUAGAUAUGUUUUUUACCUGCUAUUAUGUUGACUGUUAAUACUGUGUAUAUGUGAAGCACAAUAAAUCUUGCACAAUGAUGAGGA